AUGGCAAAACCCUUAGAUCACAUCAAAAGACCGAUGAACGCCUUCAUGGUUUGGUCCAGAGGCCAGAGGAGAAAGAUGGCCCAGGAAAACCCAAAGAUGCACAACUCUGAGAUCAGCAAGAGGCUCGGCGCGGAGUGGAAGCUGCUCUCCGACCUAGAGAAACGUCCGUACAUCGACGAGGCCAAGAGGCUGCGGGCUCAGCACAUGAAGGAACACCCGGACUACAAGUACCGACCCCGGAGAAAACCCAAGAGCCUCCUGAAGAGGGACCGAUUCCUUUUCCCCCUGCCCUCUUUGCUCGGAGACGCAGCAGAGCAGUUGAAGGGAUUUUCCAUGGAGUCCUUUCUUGUCCCCGGGGAUAAAGCCAGAGCUCUUCUGGUUCCCUCCUCUUCAUCCUCCUCUUCAUCAUUCUCCCUGUUGGAACCGGUGGCGCAGUUCAGCAGCGGAGCUGUCCCGCACACUCUGGCUGCCGGCGCUCUGCCCUUCAGCGCGCACACCUUUGGAUAUCAGACUGGGGGAAUUGGGGGUCUGGCUUGCCCCGGACAGCACACCCACACUCACACCCAUCCGUCCCCCUCUGGCCCGGGAUAUGUGGUUCCGUGUAACUGUAGCGCCUGGUCUAGCCCCAGUUUACAGCCUCAGGUAGCGUAUAUUCUCUUCCCUGGAGGGAUGACCAAGAGCGGCAUUGAUUCGUACUCCUCAGCCGGCUCCAGCGUGUGACAGGCGGGACACACUUGGAAAGGCGUUGAAAAGUUUGCAUACAGACCUUCGACAUUUACAAUGCCAAAGACCUGGGCUAAAUAAAGUGUAACGGGUAUCAGAGACUAUGUGUUUGAAAAUAUAUUUAAUACAGCUCAAAAUGAAAAGAUGUUGCGUUUUUUCUUAGCCUACU